UCUUCGACGUUCAAUAUCUUUGAAAUGGUUCGCAUCGGAACAAGACGCCAUUUCCAAUAACAUAAUGUAAUGUUAUUUACUUUUUGUAGUUUUUAGCAUCUGUGAAUCGUGUGGUUAAUAACUCGUAUAGUUUACUCGAUUAGGACAACGAUGGCCAGGACAGUUAUUUUUGAGUUCAUCACUUUGUGUCUUGUCACUUGAAUUGGUGGUGGCGGGCAUGACAGAUUGGUUGUAGGGCGCUUUUUUGGGGGCUCCUCGUAUUUUGUGAUUGGGCCCACGGUGCGCGAGUGUCAAAAUGCUGCCGUAUUUGCUGGCUAGCCUCGACAGUCCCAGCACAAGUGAAGUAUCCUGCGCGCCAGUGUUUUGACGUUUUAUGGGGCUAUGCUUGUGCAGGAAAUCGAGACCAGAUAGCUUGAUAUCCGAAAAUUCCCGUAAUAAUUCUGUCAACCCACUCCAUGUUUUUGUGGAGGUACAAAGAAAACCAGAAUUGGGCUUAUCAUCUCAAGAAAUUUGUGAUUGUACUGACUACUCAAGAAUGGCCAACACAAUAUCGAACAUGAAAAUGACAAACCCAAUAAAAGGGCUUGUAAGCAAAAGAAGAAAACGAUAUACGCAAGAUGGGUUCAAUCUCGACCUCACUUACAUCCAGGAGAACCUGAUAGCCAUGGGCUUCCCGGCGGAGAAGCUGGAGGGGGUGUACCGGAACCACAUCGACGACGUCGUCAAGUUCCUGGAGUCGAAGCACCCCGGCCACUACAAGAUCUACAACCUGUGCUCAGAGCGGUCCUACGACACGUCCAAGUUCCAGCAGCGCGUGGCGGAGUACCGCUUCGACGACCACAACCCGCCCAGCAUGGAGCUUAUCGCGCCCUUCUGCGAGGACGUGCAGGGCUGGCUGGCGCGCGACCCGCGCAACGUGGCGGCCGUGCACUGCAAGGCGGGCAAGGGGCGCACGGGCGUCAUGAUCUGCUGCUACAUGCUGCACAGCCGGCAGUUCGCCGCCGCCGCCGACGCCCUCUCCUACUAUGGGCACAAGCGCACCCACGACCGGAAGGGCGUGACGAUCCCCAGCCAGCGCCGCUACGUCGAGUACUACGCCAGCCUGGUGCAGGAGCAGUGGAAGUACAGGCCCGUCACGCUCGUCAUCAACGAGAUACAGCUGGACCCCUUGCCGAUACUCAACGGCAGCCAGGGCAGCCUCCAGCUGGUGGUGUCGGUGGCCAGCCGCAAGGUGGUCUCCGUGGUGCACGAGCUGAAGAAGGGCGCGCCGCACUGCCACAUCUGCCUGCGCAGCCUGCCCGAGGUCACGGGCGACGUCAAGGUCGAGUUCUUCAACAGGCCCAAGAUGAUGCGCAAGGAGAAGCUGUUUCACUUCUGGUUCAACACGUUUUUCGUGCGGGAAGAGGUGCCGUCGCCCGAAGUCGCGACGAACGGCAACGAGGACGGCGGGCCAAUCACGCGGCUGGAGCGAGCGGCCCGUGCCAACAGCUACGACGAGCAGUCCCUCCUGCCGGCCGUCAACUUCAACCACCCGAGGACCAGCUCGUUGAUCUCGCUGCAGCAGCCGGAGCGGAAGAUGCUGGUGCUGAGGAUAGACAAGUGGGGGCUGGACGACGCCCACAAGGACAAGCAGAACAAGCUCUACCCCCCCAACUUCAAGGUGAUCCUGCUGAUGCAGUCGGCCGGCGGUGACCGGCGCUCCGCCCCCUCCGCCCCCGUCCACACCACCCCCAGCGAGUCGUCUGAGGCAGAGUCCAGCGAGUCGGACACCAUGGACGACGAGUGCGGCUGGGAGUCAGUGUCUCUACGUUCGAGCGUUUUGCAGAAGAUUGGCACAAAGUCGGGCGGCAAACAUUUCUCGCUCGGCAUCGGCCCGGAGACACCGGUGUCAAGUGAACAGUUGAUUUGAACGAUUGUUCUGACGUGAGGGACAGCUGUGGCAGAACUUUUUUUCCCUUCUUUUCUUUAUGUUAGUCGCUAUUCAUUAUUUUGUUUGCGUGAUUAUGAAAAUACUCUCUUUUUUACUGUUUGUAGUCUUGCUAACUUGUAACAGAUGUGCCUCUUGCCGCCCCACGCAUGUUGUGCUCCUAUAUCUCGCAAGUCACAUAAAUCUGAUUCAAGUACGUACAGUAUCUUGACAAGGGUUUAAAUUAGUUAUGUAUUGCAGUCUAUAAGUUUAAUUUUUUUUUUAAAGUCAAUUGACUAAGUAUCAUUACUGUAAUUUAUGUAGACAAAUUAAAUUGCUAUCUCCUUUAUUAUGUACAGAAUACUGAAGCCAGUGAGUUUUUAUAGUAUUUAUAUUCAGCCGAGUUUUAAUAAUCAUCAUGUCAUUUAUUUUAGGACAUAGCAGUCCAUUAUCCAUUUCAUUGGAGUGACUGAUUCCAGUGGGCAGAGCUAAAAAUACGUAAAUUUGAGUUUUUGUGUGAUAUUAUUACCACAAUUGAGGUAUUCGAAACUUCUGUUCUUUGGAUCAGUUGGGUUGUGUAUUGCCAUAUGGAGAGUAUGCAAGGCAUUUACUUUUCUGCAUGUAAUAUUUGGGACCAGUCAUUUUUUUGAGCUUGCAAAAGUCUUGACUUCAUGGUACAGACUUUGAGGUCUUUUUUUUGUUUGUUUUGCAGUCUGGCUUUCAUGCUUGUUGUUUCCCUCUGAAGUGGCUUGUUAGUGUUUUGUCUGUGCACGUGUCCUUGCAUGGAAACUUUUUUUGUUUGUGGUGUUAGCUCUAUUUUGUAGUUUGUGUCUGAAACUUUUACGGUGGUUUCCGAAGUGCGCACUUGGAAACUGAGCAGAAAUGUUUUUGGCGUGAUUGGUCGCUCGGUUGUAACAGUGCUGACAUGGCAUUAAAGCCCUUGAGUUGUUUCUUAGACAAUGCUUCAUUCUCUGUUAAGACUCGUGUUUCUUCCUCAUGUGAAGGAUUUAAAGUUUUCUCAGAUCGAUGGUUUGCAUGUUCCAUUAUUGGGUGUAUUUCCAUCAGGAAGGCAAAACAAUACAGUAGAAUCCCGCCGAUGCGACCCCCCUCUGAUGCGUCCAUUCCGUUUAUACGACCGUUUUUUGAGAAACCGUGAAAAGUUUGUCAAAAAUUUGAGUUAAAUCGGCUGAAAAACAAGUCUGUUACACUUUGUUGGGCGCUAUGUGGUCACGUUUAUCUUGGCGAGCACUGUACUGCAAGCAGGCAGGCAUACAAAAGACGGCUAAAAAUAGAUACCACCCCUCUAGACUGUCCAAGCUAGCCAAUACCGGUAAACUGCGCGCACCACCUGAUAGCAUCUACGCGCGCGUAUAUUGCCGUCCCGGUGUUGGUUAUUUUCGUUCAAAACGUGGCGAAGGAACUUGUGUGGAUCAGGUAGAAAACAUUCGGUUAUAAACAAAAGAUAUAAGAUCAAUGCUAUCCUGAAAUGCUGUGACAGGUUUUUGGAGUAGAUAAUCACAGCGACAGACCGACAGGAUGCGCGGCCGCCCUUGCCAACAGCGAUGUUUAUUUUGACAGCUCAAGCAAUUAUCUUGUCCAUGUCCCUUCACAGCGUAAAAAAAAUGAUAAAAACACGUUGGAAUGCAGAUGGAAAAGUAACUAUGCAGUAAAAUAAACAUAUUUACGGCCCUGCUAAAUUUUUCUUUUCAAUAAAAUUUGAGGUAUUAGUGAUUUUUCAGCAGAAACUGGUGUGUGACUAGGUAAUAAACAAAUUGUAUCAUAAUAACUUAUAAAGUAUUUAUUAACGGCGAAGGACAGUCGUAUAAGCCCAUAAAAAUAUUUGUUUUACCGAGAAUGGACUAUACAACCUGGCUUUUGGCGCAUGCUGUGUGGGAGGGGAGGAGGAUGCUGACAGUUUCUCACGCAGAAGGUUGAAAUAAGGGAGGGAAUGUGUUGAAAUGUUAGUUGGAAAAGGGGUCGGGGGGGGGGGGGGUGUUUUUACAUGGUUUGUGGCUCUGGAAGGGAUGAGCCUUGAAGAAUUAGCAGGGGAUGGGAGAGGUAAGCGUCGCAUCACGUCACGUAUGACGUUAAGCCGCCGCUACCGCCAACCUGGCCGGAAGAGUUUCUUACGCUCUUGCAGAAGCUACCACAGCGGCCAUUCGUGCGGGCGGGUAAGAUAACAUGACAGCUGAGACGGCUUUUCGUGCGAUAGUGGACGCGCCGAGCUCGGCUAGACACCGCCCGAGCGGCAUUCACGUGUAUGUAUCCGACGAUGCGGUGACACCCCGAAUUCUCUAUUGCGACCAUUCCGUUUAUAAAUCUGUUUUUUUGGAAACUGUGAGGGGUCGCAUCAGCGGGAUUCUACUGUACAGUGAAUAUACCAAAAGAUACAAAAAAAAUGGGUUGUCUGUAAAGUCGGUUUACGGGCGAUAAUUUUAAGUGAUAAAGUCAUGAGAAAACAAUGAUGAAAAAUUGCAUACUUUUUAAUUUCAAAUAUUAUUUACAGUUUUUGCAAAUUUAAUUUAAAUAAUUUGUUUAAAUAUAAUCAUUAACAAUUAUUUAAAAAGCCCGCCUUAACAUGUUUGAUAUUAUCGAAGAUUUUCUUGCAUGGUGGUUGGCCGGUUCUUGCACGCUCGGCUCAGGCGGAAUGUGACAAUUUUUCGUGCGUGCAGACGGCGUUCAUCGAUUUAUAAGACAUUUUCACGUCAAAAAGAGUUUAAUAAUAUAAUGAAGUAUUAAAUUAAGCAAACAGGGAAGCUGUAAGACAGUACGAAGGUCUGGACAAAGCUAGCUAGGUGAAUGAAUACAUCAGAAGCUGUUAAAACACUGUGACUAGCACUAAUGUUAGUUGGUAACUAAAACUGAUCCGGUAAACUUGGUGUACAUAACUUUCCCACUGUUUGUAAACUUUGAAUUUAAUGUUACAAGUUUUUAAACACAGUGCCAUACUUACGUAAUUCAAAUUUUGUGGCAUGAGUGGGUAUGAAGUGCGUAGAACACUUUUUUAAUAAGUUUUUACUGAUGUUACAUUUUUCAUAGCGGUUGUGUGAGUUCCCGUACCAAUACAGUAUGACAUCUACAUAUUUACGAAAGAAUCACAUUUUUAUCCUUUUUAUUUUGUAAGUUUUUUUUUUUUUUUUUUUUUUUGAAAAUGUGUGAUUGAAAUUAAGUGAAGAAAAUAAUUUCAUGAGUAUCUGAGUUAUCUACAUUGCUAGAAACACCUGUAAUUAAAAGCAGAUUACUCAUUUAAUGUUUGGCUUGUGCUAAAGUCAUGUUUAAAAGUCCUGUGCAAAAAAAAUUAGACAUUUUUAUGAUUAAAUUGUUGGGUUGACAUGUCCAGAGUCAAAUAAGAACCUACUUCACUGAUACGACCAUUUGAGCAAAUAAAAAAUAGUACGAAUAAAGCAUCUGGCACCAAAAUAAAACAUAUGUAGUUGUUACUUUUAACAAGAAAAUGAGGCUUUAGCAAUAAAACUACGGUUGAGUUGAUUCAGUUAAAAUAACGUCCUAUCAUUGCAGAUAACAGUUAAGAAUUGUAGUAGUGUGAAGAAAUUAAUUAUUAAAUGUGGUUGGGUAUUUAAAUAAAGAUUUAUCGUUUGAAUAAUGUUAAAAUUGAAUUUUAUUCCAUUUCAGCACUAGAUAGUAAGGAGUACGGUUUACAGCCUAACAACAUCUAAAUCACUUUACUAGUAGUUGAGACUUGAUGACUUCGUAAGAAAUGCACUUGAGAAGGAACUCAAGUUAUUGGAAGACUGGUUAUUGUCUUGUUGGGUAUUUUGUAUGUUGUCUCUUGUAUGAACCCAACACUGUUGCAUGCUGACCUGCAGAAUGUGCUUCUCUGCGAUCGAUACUGUUAUGUCUGUUUGGUUCGCGACAGUUUGCUCUUGCAUGACUUGUGUUGGUUCUUUGGCGGAAGGUGUGUCACAAAGCUGUCUUUGGAAUAAAGUUUGCGUGCGUGCUGCUUUUCAGCUUACUCUUGGGCGGAGUCUUGGCACGUGGGUCCGGGCGACCAUCGGUAUUGUGGUCGAAGAUCACAAGAAUUUCGAUCGACGUAAUUGUCGUAAAGAGAAUAUUUUGCAAAUCAACAGAACAAAUAUUUACAAUCUAAGUAUUCAACAAGUCUUGCCUUGUGAAAUCCUUGUUGGUUUAGCAGUCGGAUGCGGCAAACCUCUUUCAGUGACGUAUGUGAGCUCUAUGUGGUCAGAUUGGUAUCAUCCAGUCGUAGGUUGCUGACUUUGGCAAAGUUUUUCGUGUGUUUCCUAUCGACGUAUUCGGCCGUAGUGAUCAGUAUAGAGAACUUUUAGUUGAUGCUAGCCACCGCCAUUGUCUCUGUGCCGUUCAGCCUGCAUUUUGGUUUGUGGCUUUUCAUUUUGCGUCUUCACUUGCAUGGGUACACUUGCAGCUUUGCUUGAGGGCUCUAUUACCUGCAAGGAGUUUGUACGGGCGAGUUCUAUCAGCAGUGAACAUUUGUAAAAAAAAAAUGCUUAAGAGGGCCACCAAGCCAGGGGUGUAUGUGUGUGAGUAAGGCGGGGUGAUAAAGUGCGACACUCCGUGAUGCUUCUAGCACGGUAUCGCCUCUAUGCACAUGGCUGUGGACUGGCGUGUAGUCUUGUCUUUGUGCUUAGAGAAACUGAAAUUUUAGCAGUGAAAGUAACAUAUGGCAGAGAAACGAAGAUCAAGGUGUAAUAAAAGUCCCUUAAGUGCUUUUAAGAAUCUGUACCAGUCGUUUUAUGCCUAAAUAUGACUUUUGUAAAAAUGCUUAGUUCGGAAACAAAACUACUUAAUGGCCCUGAGAGAAUUGUUAAAUGCCUUUCGUAAACAGAUGCUUUUCGGAUAUCUUGAGUAGUUUUGGUUUUUCCUGAAGCUCUGCACACCGUUUGUGUGUGCCCGGGUAGGCGGGGCCCUCAAAGUUUAAUCUUCUGCUUUUGUCUAUUGAAGUGAUUCAUGAGGGAACAUGUCAUAACUUUAGAAAUCAGCACGAGCUGUAUGCACUGGUGGUUUGUUCACGCUGGUACCGCCCACUGUCGACUAGCCAGUAGCGCAGUAGCGAGGUUGUCGGGACCACUGGUAGUUUGACAACAGACCGUGGCUGCAGACAGUGUGUGUCAGACUUUUGUGUGGCCUGAUAGUAAAUCUUUUACAAAAAUUAUAUUGCUAAUUUAUGUUUAUUUGGUAUUAAACUUGAAGCAUUAAGCAUUAAGCAUUCAGCAUUCUGUGUGAUUUCAAAGUACAUAGUAGAUUCAAGAUGGAUUGUUUUAAUGUUUCUGAAGAGAAGUGGUCUUGUGUUUCACUCGUGUCCAAGUGUACUAGGAUGUUGUCGGAUGUCCGUUCAGUAAGUGUUUGUUUUUCCACCCACUUGUGCUGUGUGUGUAAGUGUUGACCGUAAUACAGGAUGUCCGUGAGCUACGGUAGGAGUGUGACAGUCAUUGCCGGGUUGAAACACAGACUUGGACUUCUUACUUAUUGAGUCGGUCCUUAAAUUUCAAUAUGUAGGUUGCCAUGUUCUAGUUUUAGUAUCGUUACUUGCGUGGUGCGUGUCUACACGGGGUGUCCAGCUGAGCGAUAAAGACCAAUGAAAAUGGGGUGUGAAGUGCAUUAAUUUCGAAUGAAAAGCUACUGCAGUUUGCAUGUGAUUGGCAAGUGUGUCAUAAAUGCAAGUGGAUGCACUUUUCAUUGGCAGUGUCCAGUGUCACAUUUUUAAUUUGUUAUUUGCGGUCAUUAUUAAAGGUUGGCCUCCCCUGUUUUACAGCUCUUAAAUUCUGGUAAACAAGGAUUUCCACCACUGCCUCUCUGUGUUGUGCAGUAACAUUUAGAGUGUAUCUGGCUGCAUUUUCUUACUUUUAAGAUUAUCAAUCCAAACAGCGUGAUUCUUUUAACUAAUUGUGAAAUGAAUUACCAGUUGAUAUGAUUUUGAUUAGCAUUCAUUGACAGUUAAUUCAUUGUCAAUUAACAGUUGUAUCAUCCGUUUUAGUUUGCACUCAGCUAUAAAUGCUGGAUUCGGGGGAACUAGCCCAUCACUCACAGCUGUAUCUGGACAGUUUACGCUCCUCAACAUGCCAAGAACUUCUCUCAAAUGUUUCCGUUAAGUCAACCUUACCUAUUUCGCUCGACCAAUUCAAACAUCUCGGCUUACACGUUUCGUAUCGCCAUGCUGGAUUUUGUAUCUGCUGUAAGUCCACCAGUCACAACCUGUAAGCCACCAACUUAUUGUUCGCUGAUGCAACCAGCAAUGUGUUUAGACGUUUAGAGACAAUUAAAAAAAUUUAUUUUCCUGUGUGUGUGUUUGUGUAUUUCUUUUCUGUUAUUGAAAUUUAUAUGUAUAUCUGCAUGUGGAAACUGUAGGACUUGUACGUACCUCUUCCUGCAUGUCUGUCGUGGAUCCAAGAAGGCUUGCCUACGGACAUCCUGUAUCGAGAGACGGGGGGUGUGGUUGUGUGGUGGUUUGGGGGGGGGGGGGGGUGUACUCCUGUACUGAUGCUGGCCGUCCUAUUUGUCUUGCAGGCGAGUCGACCUACCUGUGACCUAUCGCUUCUCGGCCAAACCGCGCGCUUGCUUCCACUAACCGAAGCAUGCCGGACGGUGAUUGGUGUGUGUUGUGCUAGCGGCAUGUUCGCUCGCGAUUUAAGGGGACAGUGCGCGGACGUUGCAUGGAUCCCGAGAAAUCUCACUUUGCUGUGCCCGGAAGUGCGCGGGGCGUGUAAAUACGUGUACCUAGGGUAACUCGUCGUGUAGGACAGGCAUAUUUGUACAUACAGUUUUAUUUUCUGGAGCUAGUUUUGUGAACGUCGUGGACAGUAUUUUACACAGUGAAUUGAGGACCAUUGUAGCAUUGAAACUUAUCUGUUUUUGUCAACAUCGCAACUUUGAUGCUAUUAUUUUUGUGCGCUGGAGGAGUAAUUUUUCAAAUGGUAUAAUGAUGGAUUUGUGUUACAGAAACCCAAGUGAUUGACUUACUGUGUUUCUGAGAGUUUCCUGUUGUCCAUCUGUGUUAAGUGUUUUACCUUGGUUAUGAAUUACGUGUUUUUAAAUUUACAUUUUCUGUAUGAAAUUAAUGUUUAAUGUAACGUCACAUAAUACUAUAGUUGGAAAUAUUGAAAUUUUUUCAGUAACUAAAAAAAUACAUUUUUUUUCAUACUAUAUUUGCAUUUCAUUUUAUUGUGUUGGGGUUACAAGAAAUAUAUUUAUUUUCAGACUGCAAUAUUUGCCUGUUUUAAUAGUUAGCAAUGAUUUACAUACUUUUUUUAACUGCUUGAAUUUUAUGUUUCAUUUUCAGGUUUCUAGCUGUAUUCACCUGUAGCUAUAUAUGUAUAUAUAACUUGAAUCAUUAUAUAUCAUAGCUUCAAGUUAGCUUGCCAACAUGUGCUGAAUGCACAUCUAACUUUCAAUUAGCCAAAUAGUUCCAUGUGUGAUUGCUACAGACAUGUUUUUUUUUGUCAUUUUACUCGAUAGAUGCAUAAGUAGUAUUUAGUACGUUUAGGAGAUCAGAUUUAUAUUUACCACAUAAUUUUUAACUCUUGUAAUUUUUUUGUAUGUCGGCACAUUUUCGAGGUUUUUGUACAAAGUGAAAAAAAAAGUUCCUCUUAAGUGUUUUUUUUUAUUUUUAUGAUGCUCGCGUAGUAGAAGGUGGGUUUGAGUUUUCAACUGCCGGGGUUGUAGGUAGCCAGGGUCAGAAGGGUUUUUUUCUUCGUACAUCACGUUCCCCUCCAGAGUGCUUGUACGUGGGCGAGUGUCGAGCGGGGCCGGUGGAGAUCUCUGCCACCCCCGCGUGCCAGCGACAUCUCUCUCCGCUGGCUCUGCCCAGGGCUAGAGUGGCAGCGGUCGUGUGGUUGUGUUGUUUGCUUCCCGCCGCUGGUGUGAUCGUGUUUCAAAAAAAAGAAAAUAUUUUUCUCUGUGUGUCGCAGCUUGCGAGCAGACUGCGUUGGUCUGACGUUGGCCCGACGUUGGCCCCCCCCGGCCCGAGUUCACAGAAGCCAGCCCGUUGUCCCUGUAGACUUAGAGAGCGGUUGCGAUUGGGCGCGAGGACAAGAUCGGUGUUCGUGUAUGUUUCUAGAUGGGUGGGUGUGUCUCGUGGCUGGAGAGAGACCUACCAGAAUCUUACGCACGUAGUGAUGUAAUACUUAAGAGGCAUGGUCGCCGGCAUCCGUUGCACACGGCUUCCGUUGUAAAUAUUAGCCUUGGUUUGCUUUCAUGCUGCUUUUUUGUUUUAUAAGUUAUUAUUAUAAUUAUUAUUAUCUCCCCCAUUGUUUGUCUAGAGUACAAAUUAGCUAUCUAUUUUGAUCUCAGUGGUAGUGGUUGAGAAAAGGAUUUUUCAUCACAUGGAAUGAGUGGCCACUUUGCGGUUAUAUAGUCCUCGGAAUGAAACAAUGUAUGUACCUGUCUUUUGGACUGAUCUGUUAAUCAAUUCUUUGAUGAAAUUGUUUAAACUGUACACAGAUUUGAAACUUUUGUAGUUAGAAUGUUAUGGAAUGUUUCUCUAGCUGUGUUUUCUCGAGCCUUCGUUUUGAAGAAUGAUAUUUGUAGUUAGAGCUACAGUUUUCUUACAAGCAACUACUUACAGAAUAGUUAGAAAUUUUUUUUUGGCACUGUUAGAUCUAGAGUAGUGUCGAGACAUUUGUAGUUGAGUCUAGUUUUGUAAUAUCUUAAGAAUUUCAAAAACUGUAUUCAGUGCAUAAAAAAUUAUGAGGUAUGUUGGUUUUGUCAUAAAACUGUAUAAAAGUGGAGUUUUUAAUAUUAUUUUACAGAUCUUUUAGCUAAACUAUUUAAAUGAAAAUAGAAUCUGUGUAAAAUUUAAACAAAGUUUUUGAUCUUGAUACAAGAGAUUUUUAUAACAUUUUGACUGUAAAUAAAAUAAUUUAAGGGUUCUUGAUUCAAAACUGUGUGACCAUUCAAACAGAAAAAAAAAUUUGUAGGGAACAUCAAACUAAUUAAAUAGUCGUAAGUGGAAAGGCAAAUUUUUGUAUGAACAGGUUUUUGUGAUUAGUAGUGGAUUAGAGAUUAAAAAGUUAGCAAUAAUGCAGGAGUUUUUUGCUUCUAGUUGUCUGCAACAGGUGAAAGAUUGUGGUAAGAUUUUGCAUGGAAGUAAAUAUUAGCACUUUUGAUCAUUUGAUCAUUUCUAUUGAAUUACACAAGCAGUUGAUACAGUUAAAAAAAAGUGGUAAAAAGUAUAGAAAUAUGGUAAUUGUACUUUUGGAGUUUUGCCAAAUGAAAACAUUUUUGUAGAGUAAAACCUUGGAAAUCAUGAUUGGUGAGCCAAUUUUUUUUAUUUUUUAUUUUUUGCUGCAGUAUUUUACAUGUUGUAGGUGUAUGUUACCAUUGUAGUGGCAAUACUUGGGACUACAAAUCUAUUAAAUGAAAAAAAUGCAGCAUGCUUUCGAUGGGAUGUGAAUAAGUUGUAUUGAUUAAUGAUUUCCUUGAAUUAUUCUGUGUUCCAACACUAUCUGCAAUUUGACAUUCACUUGUUCGUGUAAAUAGCAGACACUUCUGUGUCGCAAGGCAACAUAAUAAGUCACAUCUGUGUGUGUAAUGGUGUUGCCAGAAGUAAUGUUCCUAUUGGAGCUUCGUGAUUGGUGUCUACAGAUUGCAAACAGCCAGUCAGCUAUUCCUUAAACACACAUCUGGCAUAUUUCUGUAAACAAGUUUGCCCGUUUCUACAAAUUGUAAUAUUUUCUAUUCAGAAAACAUGUCUUUACCAUCUCUGUAGGCAUCAAUAAAGUUCCUGAAAUUUUGCACCUAAACUAUACUACUUCAUUUGUGUAUUUUUUUAACGAAACAUUAUUUUUUUGUAAUAUUUUGUUCAGCUUAAGAUCCUUUUAUAAUGUGACUGCCUUGUAGUCAUAGUUUUUUGUGGUAUUGUGCAAGUUGUACAGAAAACAGCUUCAUUGUGUUUUUUAAUUGUGCUGUAGAUUUUGUUUGCUGCGUGCUGUGUUCUUUAUUUUUUAGAGAAAAGUCAGCAGUGCAAAAAAAAUUGUGUGUUUCUUUGUCAUGGUUUUAACAUGUGGAUUAUUGUUGUGUAAAUAAUAUGUUGCAAAUGAGUGUGUUUAUAAGCUAUCUGGAAUAAUGUGGGUAGAGAGAGAGAUGUUAUGUCACGCUGUGACGAGACCAUGUCAAACAAGCAUUUCCAGCAGUUGGCUUUGUGUAUUCAAACCUUUAAUGGUCAUACUUUUCAGCUUUGUACGGUAAAUGUUAAAUAGGAAUAAUAACCAAACAGAAAUUAUUCCUCGAAUUGUCUAAGUUAGUGGCAGCCGAAAGCCAAUUGCUGCUUUUAGAACCUACAGCCUCGACGUUCUAGUGUGUAAUAUUGGACUAUAAACUUGAUUGCAUUACCACAGAAUACCAUUCUCCCUGCUGGGAUUACCUAAUUACUGUAGCCUGUGUAGUUAAUGAGUGGCAGUUUGUCUCGCCAUUGCACCCUGUCUGUGCCUUUCCGUUCAUUCAGACCACUCACUUAUUUUGUCAAAACAGUUUUCAAGGUGCCAGUAUCUGCAAAUGUGAAGAUUACUUUUCAAAACUAAAAAGAAAAAAAAAAUUAUCUGUAUUUCUUUAAAAGAAUGCAAAAAAUAAAUUACCAUUUUAAAAUAUAAA